AUGACGAAACCCAAAGAUGUUCGCACUCUCGUCGACCUUACAAAAACCACACAAGCGCUCCUUGUACACUAUCAAUCCUCCCUCGCGCCGUCUAAGGAGGCUGUCUCAGGGUCUGAAACAUCGGCCACUGAGAUAGCAGACCCUCUCGAACUCAUCAAGUCGUCUACGACCCUCCUCAAAUCGCACACGACCACCCUUUCGCUCCUCCUGAUAACCCCACCUCUCACGCCAUCGGCGAUAAUAGCAAAGAUUGGCGAUGUCAGCUCCGGGCCGUUGAGUGGAAUGGUUACGGCUGCUUCAUAUGUUCCGCGGGAGGGGCAGAGGGGCGAUAUUGGAAACAUUAUGCGUACAGAAGUCAAGGCGCAGGUACGGAGGCUGUUGGGAUCGUGGGGAGACGUUCUAGUCAUGAUUUUGAAAAUGGCAGAGAAGAAACAAGCUGCACAAGCAAAUGGGGCGGCAACAACAAAAGAAAAUGGGCCGACGGAAAGCGAGAAACAGGAAGUCCUCUCGGCAACCGGCGUGGUUUGGGAAGCAUGUGACGUGUUGCUGAAGCUAUGCGCAGAUGGAGUGGUCGGGCUGGUCGUCAAGAAGGUGCAGGAAUUGAGAGCAGUGUUGUUAGAUGCGAUUGAGGAGCUGAAGGAGUGGGGCGAAGACGUCGAAGACGACGACGACAAAGCAGAAGACAGCGAUGACGAAGACGAUAUCUUCGGCGCAUCGAAUAAGCUUGGCAAAGAUGACAAGGAGCUUAAGAAGCUGCUGGACGCUAGCGUUAAGAAGCUCAAGAUGAUUGGCAUGCUAUAUCAAGCAUUGAUCAAGAGAAGACUAAAAACAUACCCAGCGUCCUCCACGCUUGAACCUACGGCAAACGCGAACGGCACAGGGCCAAGUCCUAGCAAAAAGCUUGACGACUUGAUGAGCAUACUGAAGACGAUACCGGAGACUGUUGAUGAUAUAGCUGGCGCCUUUUACGAUCUUGACGAAGACGAAGCGAAACAAACACUAGAAAAAUGCUGUGCAGAGACAAAGAGCGCAAUUGAGCUUGUAAGACAAAGUUGGACGGGCGAAGAUGACGAGUUCACAGGGUGGUCUACCAAGUGGGUGAGCGCAAUAGAAGCAGCAUGA